CACAUGUUGAUCGACUUUUUAUAACUUUGGAAUCGUCCACUUUUACCCUCGACUAUAGCAGUGGUUAGCUUCUAGAUCUAUCCCAAUAUCCACCACAUACUAUUCACCAUGGAUAUAAACCCCUCUAAUAACCGACUCUCACGCAUGCAACAAGAGCAUGAAAGCGUCAUUCGACAACGACACCAAGCACCUGAGACAGAGGAAGACCUACUGGCUAUGCAGGAGGAAUUCCUCAAAACUAACGAUAGACCUGCAGCGGCUGUUAUCAGAGUCAAGCCCCCAGCUGUAACAAGCGAUGCUACAGCAGGACGUGCGUCUAUACAAGACGAUGCUGACGCUGAAGACAUACCUCCCCCUCUAGAGAGGGAUAUUGUAUCACUAGACAGUGACCAAUUGCCUCUACAUCCUCCUCAGGUCCAAGCUUCAGCUUCAAAGCCCAGAGUAGGGUCAAAGUUCCUGCAGGACAGGGCAAAUAAAGGACCACGGACACAUUUUGCUACUCCUGUUGGUGAGCGGUUCGAGAUCAAUCUUAAUGAUGACAACGACACAACGGGGUCAACUGAGGAAAGGAAGAAUAUACACGGUCGUCACAAUAGUAUACAUGAUGAAAUUGAAACAGAAGAAGAAACACUUAGAAGGCUGAACACUGCAGGCCCUUCAAUGGGCCAAAUCUUGCAUGAAGUGCUGGAAAAACCUGCUGGAGAAGCUAUAGCACCUUUAGGACCAACGACAACACCAGGACUGCUCGAACCAACAGCACAUGCAGCAAAAGGAGGAUUUAAGGGGAAAAGCCUGUUUGCAAGGCGACUUGCUGAAGCACAGGGAGUGGUAUCAACCUCUCAAAUUACGGAAGAGCCAAGCGCAAGUGGAAGUUCAACUUAUACCCCAAGCUCAAGCCUUCCAAGUUCAGCGGCAUACACUUCGUUCAUGUCGAGGGCUGAGCAAAGCAGGAGUCCUUCUAAGGAUGUUGUAUCUUCCCCAAUUGCAGAUGAUGCUGUACCAGUCAGAUCUCUCAGACCUACAACCAAAGUAAGCACAAGGCCAGCUAGCUUUAGCGGAAGGGCAUCCAGUGCAUCUACGAAAACGAGCCCUCCACUACAUUCUGUUCUUAAAAAAACUCCAGAUUCACCUCAUACCACACUGAUGGAACAGAUUGACGAAGAGAACAAGCAGAAACUUGCUAACAUGUCUCAACAGGAGAUCGAAGAAGAACGGGCAGAGUUACUGCGAAACCUAGACCCAGAGCUUGUCAAAAAGUUCAUGAGACGAAGCAUGGUCAAGAGGCGAGUCAGUUUUUCAGAAGGAAUUAAAGUGGAAGAUAAAGUCCUCAAAAUGCACGACAUCAAGAGCGGACGCUCUGGUUCUGGAUUUCAGGCAAAGCGACAUGAGGAAGAAGAAGGCGACCAUCCACUCGCCAUGAAGAAAAGGUACUUCUCAAAUGUCCCAGCAGAGCCAGAGAAGCUGGAAUGGAUGGGAAUCGAAGGUAUAGAGGAGAGCGACGUUGGCAUGAAGCAUAUGCCUGGCAAAUCCGUAGCCCCUGGUCCACAGCCAUACACUGUUAGUGAAUCAGACCCGCCCGCAGCGCAUUUCAGGUUUAAUUUCUCAGGAAGGAUAGUCAAUGAAGAAGACGUCCCCGUGCACCUUGGACUUCAUCACCAUGGCAUGGAUCCUGCCAAGGCUGGUUACACACUCUCAGAGCUUCUCCAUCUUAUUCGGUCGACAGUGCCCAGUCAAAGAAUCCUCCCACUUAAUGUCGUUGCAAAAGUCAUAGACAACUGCAAGGAUGCUAACUUUGCGCCAUUCACAGUUCGAGCAGUAAUGCAGGAGCAGCCAAAAAGGUGUUUGAGUGCGACAAGAUGGUUCCAACACUCGUUCGGCAGUUUUUAGCUAUUCCUUGGCCUUCAGAAAAGAGCGACUUGGAAUUAGGCUGCACAGCCAAGGCAAUUUCAAUUUUAGACGUUGUUAUCAGGUCGUCAAAGAAAGUUGCAUCUGCUAUCAUUGAAGGAGGCCAUUUAGAGCCUUUGCUACGGUUUCUAGUGGUCACACCUGAGGCUACGCUCGAGAACAAGCUCAGCUUCUUGAUUCAGA